GUUAAUAGCAAGGCAGACUGGUCAAAAAAGGCGGCUUCAGUGUUUUAAUUUACAUAUGACAGUCCCUCCGCAUUUUUUUCUCUGCUCCAACCACUAGAUACCACUAUCAUUCCUAGAUGGGAAGCCCCGCCUCCCCCAUUCUCUCUGUCUGGCCUUUAGCUUCGUUCCAGUUCCACGCCACGCCCCCUGAAUAAGGUCUAUCUAAGCGUGCUUUGUUGGUAUCUCAGACAUGCGCACAAAUUAAACUUCCCGCAACGAACCGUUCUGGAUGGGGGUUGCAACCCGCGUACCCCGGGGCCACAAACUGAGCAUGCGCCAAGUCAAAACUAACGGCGAUCCCUCGUUCUGGGGCGAGAAAUGACGCCCUGCGCAUGUGCACAAACUGAAGCAACGGUGGCCGACGAGGAUCCUUCUGCUACAUUCCAAGAUGCGCUGAUUCACGCUACCGCAUCCCAGUCGACUUGUAAAGAGAUGUUAUCGACUCCUGACGCUCCCUUCUGGUGCAAGUGACGCUCGGCGGUGGCUUUCCUCCAUAAGCGACGUUAUUGGCUUUCACCGCUCCGCUGCAAAGGUUCUCUUUCCACAUGUCUGAGUCGGGGCACAGCCAGCCGGGGCUGUAUGAACGUCGUCGCCGCUGGAACCGUGACAAGGAGCUGGGUCACCAGAGCCUGUCUGGGCCGGGCCGGGAUCGCGACUAUGUCCCCUGGGAUCGUGACCGAGACCGGCGGGACCCAGCGGACGAGCCGGUGGGGACUGUGAUGCAGAAGACGCCCAUCAUCCUGGCCAAGCCACCUGCAGAGAGGUCCAAGGGGGCCCCAACCCCCACUCCUACUCCAGCACCUGCUGCUGCCCCUGCCCUUGAGAAACCCAUUGUGCUGAUGAAGUCGCGGGAGGAAGGCAAAGGCCCUGCGGGAGCGACGGAAACAUCAGUUCAGCCCCCUGCGGCUGUCGCCAAGGUGGAGAAGGAGGGCCAGCGUCCCACGCAGCCGGUCUACCAGAUCCAGAACCGAGGCAUGGGCUCCACUGCACCCAGUGGCGUCAUGGACCCUGUGGUUGGCCAGGCCAAGCUGCUAGCCCCGGAGAAGAUGAAACACAGCAUCAAGCUGGUGGACGACCAAAUGAACUGGUGUGACAGCGCCAUUGAGUACCUCCUGGACCAAACAGAUGUGCUGGUGGUUGGGGUGCUGGGACUGCAGGGUACAGGCAAAUCCAUGGUAAUGUCGCUGCUCUCUACCAAUCAGCCUGAAGAGGAUCAGAGGACUUAUGUGUUCCGCACUCAGAGCCAGGAGAUCAAGGAGCGUGGGGGCAACCAGACCAGCGGCAUUGACUUCUUCAUCACACAAGAGCGUAUCAUCUUCCUUGACACUCAGCCCAUUCUCAGCCCCUCCAUCCUAGAUCACUUGAUCAACAAUGACCGCAAGCUGCCUCCAGAGUAUAAUCUACCUCAUACCUACGUUGAGAUGCAGUCCCUCCAGAUUGCUGCGUUCCUCUUCACCGUCUGCCAUGUGGUCAUUGUGGUGCAAGACUGGUUCACUGAUCUGAGCCUGUACAGGUUCCUGCAGACGGCUGAGAUGGUCAAACCCUCCACUCCAUCUCCCAGCCAUGAAUCCACUGGCUCUUCUGGCUCAGAUGAGGGCACAGAAUACUAUCCACACAUUGUUUUUCUCCAGAACAAAGCCAAGAGGGAGAAUUUCUGCCCCCGGAACCUGAAGCAGAUGCACCUUGUUAUUGACAAAAUUAUGAUGCACUCCCACCUGAAAUAUAAGGGUACCCUCUCCAUGCUAGAAUGCAACAUAUUUCCCGGCCUGCCCCAGAGUUACCUGGACUCAGAGGUCAACCUGUUCUUACUGCCUUUUAUGGAUAGUGAUUCAGAUGAUACUCUGCCAAGGGCAGCCCCUGGAAGUGGCCCCCUCUUCUCCCUCCUGCCUGGGUACAAGGGACACCCCAGCUUUCAGUCUCUGAUAGCCAAGCUUCGGAGCCAGAUUAUGUCUAUGUCCCGGCCUCAGCUGUCCCACACCAUCCUGACUGAAAAGAACUGGUUCCACUACGCGGCUCGCAUCUGGGAUGGUGUGAAGAAAUCUUCCGCUCUGUCUGAGUACAGCCGCCUGCUGGCAUGAGUGUGACGUCCUUGCACUGGAGCUGUCGAGGGACAGCCAGACCCCCCCAUUCCCCAAGUUGGGUGGGCCAGGGCAUCUGUGCCCACGUCUAGAGGCACAAAGCGAUGUGGGUGUCCCAGAGGCAGAAGUAUAAGGGGGAAGCACUAGUCCUUUCCUGGGGCCGUGCAAAUGUCAGGAGCAAAAAUGCAGAAUUGGUGUUGUGUCCUUCCUGGGCCAUCCUGCUGCCUGCCACCCAAUGUGGGUCUCGCUCUGUCUCUCUUAGGGCUUCGAUUCCCACCUCCAUGUCUAGGUGGGAGAGCUCUGCAUGGCUUCUCAUGUACUGCAGCUCUGAACAGAAGUCCUUCAGCCAGGGUGGGAGUUAUGCCAGAACCACCUGUAACUUCCUACUUACCCUUGCAGGCAGAAAAGACCUCUGCAGUUGCAGUGGUGGCUCAGGGCAAAGGUCAAUGGGGAGUGAGUGUUGUUGCUUUGAAUACGUUGAGAUACUUUUUCCCUGUUCUUCAAUGUGUUGCUCAUAAACGUCCAUUUUGAGGGAAGCAUACCCGGCCCCAUCUCUCCUUCCUCCAGUCUAGGUCCCUUUCCUUAACCCACUCCCAGCUUUCUUGGUCCUGCAACAAAGUGGAUAAAUAACUCCCCUUUUGGAAAUAUUCCAUUCUUGUUUAAUAAAUUAUUCAAGCUGUCUCAUGUGUUUG